GAUCACGUGUUUAUUCUGAAGAUGGCGUCUCCAAAUGGAGGUGACGAUUUUGAGAGCUCUUUGCUGAGUUUGGAGAAGUUGGACAGAGCGUCACCGGACCUGUGGCCAGAGCAGUUACCCGGAGUUGCAGAAUUUGCUGCAUCUUGUAAAAAUCCCAUCACUAAUUCGCCCCCCAAAUGGAUGGCUGAACUAGAGAGUGAGGACAUUGAAAUGUUGAAAGAACUGGGAAGUCUGACCACAGCCAACCUGAUGGAGAAGGUCAAAGGACUUCAGAACCUCGCUUACCAGCUGGGAUUAGAGGAGUCCAGAGAAAUGACCAGGGGGAAGUUUCUGAACAUCUUGGAGAGGCCCAAGAAAUGACGUGUUUUUUUGGCUUUGGCAAACAACAAGAAAUGCAGGACUGCAACUGAAAAUGACCUAUGCUCUGAACAUGUUCAGACAUUCACAAGAAAGUUCAAAGACUCUGCACUCAAAGUGUUAUUUGGAGCAGAAAGCUCCCUCUCACAGGUGAGGUCUUUUCUCAGUGCACCUGUUGUCCUCCUAGAUAGAUGCCUUUACAUUUACGGAUUCUUUAAAAUGAUUUAUUACUUCUUGCUGAAUUCCUCAGUCGCUUGUAGAACUGCCCUGAUUAAAUGUUCCCUAUUUAUUCUUAUUUCUAU